AUGUCAACAGACAACAUCUUUAUGCUUUUCUAUGAACCUUCAAGCUCUUCUCUAAUGGAAGUAAUCAAAGAAGAGAUUUCAGAAACGCAACAUCUUUUUCAAUCCGAAGAACAAACUUCCCUAGGAAAGAGAAAGAUAAAUUUGGUUGUGAAGUCAGAAGAUGAAAGGGAAGUGAAGAGAGUAGCCCUCUUCUCUCAAGAACCUCUAAAAGAAGUAGAAGAAGACAUUGAUAUGACUGAAGAAGAUCAAGAAAGAGAGGAACAUAUAGAAAACGAGUUGAUCAUGGAAGAUAGUGUUCUUGAAGAAGAAGAGUAUGUCGUUGACUUUGAUGGAUUCUUUUGA